AUGAAGAUUCUAGUGAUAGCACUUGGCUUGCUGUUGGUGGCUUCAAUCCUCGAAGCCGAUCGUUAUAAAUCCAAACAUCUGUUUCGGCAAGCAUUAUGGGUUGAGGAUUAUUGUGAACGUCAACGUGACUGCGAGAACAUCAGAAAUUCCGAGUGUUCUCGAGGUAAGUGCAAGUGUCUGCCGAAUUACCAGCGUUCGGGACCCCUGAGGAAAUCAAUUUGCAGGGGAAUAAUAAGCGCGUUUUGUGAAUCCGACAAUGAUUGCUUAAAUUCGGACGAGGUCUCCUGUAUCUUCAACACCUGCCAAAACUUCACAAAAUUCCUCGACUCGGAUGCUGAAGUGAAGAAACUUUACCGAGCUACUGCAUUGAGAUCACGGUGCGAGACUAAUGAGCACUGCAGCAACCUGAAAAGCAGCAUUUGCGUCAAUGGAAAAUGCGACUGUUAUGACGGCUACGGGAUUAAUCACAUUGGAAACUGCGACCCGUUGGACAAAAGGUAUUGUGGGGAGCUCAAAGAGUGCUGGACGGAUAAAGUAACGUGUUUUGGAGACUACUGCAUGCUACCAGAGGAGUUUUUCGUGGAAUCUAAUGCCAAGAAUAUCUCCGCUUACAAGGCUUACAGAAUUGGUGAUCCCUGUCAAACGGACCAUCACUGCAGAGAUUUAAGUGACACUCACUGUCAAAAUGGCAAGUGUAUAUGCGUAGACGAUCACUAUGAAAUUUCGGGCAGAUGUUCGUACUAUCCAACGUACAAGAUUGAACGCAACUACGCAGAUAAUUUUUUAGCUGUCGAACGUUCUCUUAAAAAUUGCGCCUCCGACUCAGAUUGUGGAAACAAGCCAAACCUCCACUGCUUCCAUGGUAAGUGUGUCUGCUCCAAAGGAUUCCAGCUUCAAGAUAAUGAAUGCCAGGAAAUGACCAAUUCAACUUGUACCAGGCAUUAUCAAUGCCCGCAUGGAAUUAAGUGCUAUCUGAAUACCUGCCGAUACUAUAAUGAAUUCUUCAGUUCUGAUGAUGCUGACAAGUAUGCUGCUGAAGGUUGGAAUUCAGCUUGUUGGACUGAUCACCAUUGUCGCGACUUAAACAACACUGUUUGCUUUGAAAAUAGUUGCAAAUGCAAAUUAGGUUACGUAUGGGACUUCUCGGCGGAUAAAUGUCGGAAAUGGCCAGUGAUUAAAUGCAUCGAUGACGAGAACUGUAUAUCAAAUAAUAAUGGUGAACAGUGUGUCUUUGGGGUCUGCAAGUUGAAAUUAGAGCUGUACUUGACCCCAACAAGCAUUGAUCUUGAUCUAUACGUUGCAAAAAAUUACUACAAUUUUUGCGUGAAUGAUCACCAUUGUCGUGAUUUAAACAACACACGUUGUCACAACGGAGCGUGUGAAUGCUUUCCUGGUCAUGAAAUCGUCUCUGAUACCUGCCAAAAGAUUAUUGGGAAGAAUUGUACCACCGAAGAGGAAUGCCUAUUGCCUGGGUCCUACUGCUUCUUCGGUACCUGUAUGAUGUACCAAGACUUUUUAGCGCUUCCUAGCAACAUAACUAGCACCCAUGCCGCGACAAGCUGGUAUGGGUUCUGUCAAACCAAACAUCAUUGUCGCAAUCUUGAAGACGCCAUUUGUAAAAAGAGCGAGUGUGUACAUUUAGAACGGUGA